GACCGCCCGCCCGCGCCCGAUCCGAGCAGCUCCACGGCGCGGGGCCACCCCGCGCCGGGCCCCCCGGCGGGGGCGUGGCAGUCCAAGCGGCCGCUGCGGACGGACUCCACGUCCACGGCAGCGAGGUGGGAGUGCGCGAGCUCGCGGGGCAGCGCGGGUUCCGCCACGGGCCACGUCGCGCGGGGCAUGAUGGUCCUCCAGACCGCGGGCAUCGUCAUGGUGGCCGUGCCCCCCGCCAAGCUCGACAGAGAAAGGCUGGCCGCCUUCCGGGACGCCCUGCGCGCGAAGGGCAUCGACACUUCAAGGUGGGGCGUGUCUGGGGCCAAGACGGUCGAGCACUUGUUCUGGGAGGCCUACCAACAGGAGGGUUGCAUCAUCACCGGCGUGACGGAGCCAGGCGCCAUGAAGCGUGUCACCAGGCUCGUGAAAAUCAGGCUCGUGGCCGAGAUCUUCGGCGUCGACCACACGCUCUUCUCGAGGCUGCAGUUCAUGCACGACGGCCAGACCAACGAACGGCGGCAGGUGCCCCUGAAAAAGCUGACCUGGCAUGGCAUGCGGGACAAGGUGCCUGACAACGACCUGGUCUACUCCGAGAAUUGCCCGUACACGGAGGACUGGAGGACCGGCGUGACCAGAGCACUUGACGAGCGGCUCGGCCUCACCGAGAAGUGGCAGCAGCAGCAUCUCGAGGAGGACGCGAGCGCAUAUAGCUACCACACGGAGGACAACGUGCAGAGCGACGGCUACCCGGGGCUCAACACGCUGUACUGUAUCCACGACGUCACCUUCCGCAUCGUCCAGCCGGAGCACGCCGGCGUCCAGUGCAUUGGCCUCCCGCACGGGCAGGAGUUCGCCACGGCCGAGGGCGACUUCAACUUCAGCAUGCAGAUCCAGGAGGACGGGCUGGCCAUUGGCACCCAGCUCAACAUCUGGACCUGGGCCCGCAACGCGACGAGCACCCCCGUGCCCUCCGCGCGCCGGGAGCCCUCGCCCGCGAAGCCCGGCGGGAGGUCCGACUCGGUGGACUCGGGGGGCGACGCGCGGGUGCUGAUCCCGUCAAGCGGGUCCCGCUGCCGGCCAUCUGCGCGCAGGCCCUGA